GUCGAGAUUUGUUUGGGUCUUCAAAACCCUUUUCCUUCACUCUGCUCUCGACUCUUUAUCUCGAUCCGAUCAACCUUCGUCGUCGCCGCCGUCCGCCUGAGAGCUGCGCUUGUGCCAGCGCUGGUCGUCUGAGCCGCUGCACGCCGCCGUUUGUCUAGCCGUCUCCACCUGGCCAAUUGCCCGCCGCCCCAAGCUCGUGCAUUCUUCGGCAGGAACAGCCAUUUUCUUCGUGUUUCAACGCCGGAAGCUAUGGCUUGAGACUGUGAGAACGUUUGCUCCUUUCGUGCGAGAUCUUGUUUUCUUGCAGCACUACGGGAAUUUUGUCAACACAGCAUCACUGUAAUAUGUAUAUAUAGUAGUGUCAAGGGCGUGCCCUUCGUCCACCCACAGUGGCGUGUUCCUCUUUUUCCAGUUAAUCACCGCAAAGGGCUUGGACAUCUUUUUGAACCAGAACCAUAAUUGCACAAUCCUUGAUCCAAAGACGAACUGUUGCAAGUCCAACACUUACCAAAUGGGUUUAGAUUUCUUCAGGGAUAACACAUUUCUUGUCCAUGUAGUAGCGAGCACCAGCUCCGUCUCAGUUGCCACAUCCUUAACUCAUCCCCUCGACAGCCUUAAAACUCUCCUCCAGAUUGCUGCAGGACCAAGCCAACAAUUUAGUCUUUCUCAGGUGGUUGACAGGGUUCAAAAAGUCUCGGGAUUAUCAGGUUUAUACAGUGGUCUUGGAUGGUCCAUAGUUGGCAAUUUAUUGGGCUUGGGAGGGCGUUUUGGAACAUAUGAGAUUUUAACUGCUUACUACAAAGAUGGAAGAAAGAGCAACCAUGUCUACAUUCACGAGGCUCUUUUAGCAGGACUAACAGCAGGUGCUGUUGAAGCUGUUGUGUGCACUCCUUUUGAACUUCUUAAACAUAGGAGACAGGUCUACUCAGCUUCUUAUAUAAAAAGCUCUCGUUCUGCAGUGGUUAUGCCAAAAUCGUCAACCCUUGUUUCAAAACUACUACCAGGCUAUACCCCUAAUGUCAACGCAUGGAAUUAUACUAUUGGUCUCUUGUCCACUCUUCCUACCAAUAUCAAUACCACUCAUGGAGAUAUGCUUGGUGCACUUAAGCAAUGCCCAUGGUUGCUGACUGGCUCUGGGAGACCUCCACUUGCUUCUGAGGUUAGAGAACCAUCUAAAAUUGUAUCUCUGGAAGGAUGGAAUGCUUUAUGGAAAGGACUUAGACCUGCAAUAACUCAAAAAUGUGUUUAUGGUGGAUUUUUCUUUUCUACUUGGCAAUUCUUAUACUUAGCGAUGCUUGAUUGGAAUUCUCGUGAUAUGAACCCACCACCCAGGUCAAUUGACGAAAUUGAUCCUGUAUCCCCACUUGCUUCAAGCCUUGCUGCUGGCUUUUCGGGAGCUUUAGCUGCUGCUGCUUCUCAUUCAUUUGACACUGCUAAAACUCGGUCCCAGAGUAUAGUCAUACCUAAGUAUAUUGCCAUGGAAAGAAAGCUCUUGAGAUGGGAAGCUCCGGGAAAUUGGCUAGAGAGAGUUGCCGGAAUGUCUCCUGCUGACAGGAACAUUAUGUUUCGCGGACUGUGGCCGCGAGUGCUCUGCUGUGGAAUUUCAUCCUUCGUUUUUGUCGGCAGCUAUCUAUUAACCGUCGAUUAUUUGUUAUGACCCUACAUGAAUAUGAUUGGAUCUUGACUUAAGAAACUGCUCUGCAUCAGGCAAAUCAGCUAGUUUAGUUUGUACGUGGACAGGGAAACAAUACCAAUACCAAAUAAAGAUAUCUCAGAUGGUCAAUAGCUCAACCAUGAGCAAACGCAGCCAUUGUAUUUCAGAAAUUGCUAGUUUUUCUAAACAUUUAAUAAAUUUGCAUUUAUUAAUAUUUUUUUUGUAAUAUUUCUUUUUCUUGUUGGGAAUGACCAGACAUCUUUUGAGUAAGAACAAAUCCUUUUUAAGUAGCAAGGAGGAAUCAUCCCUGUGCUAAAUUGUAUCAACAAAGGUCUCUUUUUCUUUUUUAAAUUUUUGUUGGCUACGUUA